UUGGAGGUCAAUUCCUACCUGCAAACUACGUGUGGCUUACGACCUACUCGAUCAUUGGGUCCAUGGGAGGAUCGCUGCGAGAUUCCGACUCGGAAUAGGCGACUCGGGAGUUACUGAUGUAUCGUACGGCGUUUAUUCUCUACGGCAUCGCUGUAGGUAAGACGACCUUAAUCCACCCAUUCAUAAAUAUGCUUUUCGACAGCUUCGGUUUUUGCCAGGUGUCUCUCGAUCUUAGCCCAUGCAACUUCCAUCUCAGCAUGAGCCUUAGUACCUCGUCCCUCGAUUUCAGGAAAGCGUCUCUCUCUGCUUUAACAGCGGCAAGCUCGCUCCGCAGCUUUUCCAGCUCGAUUACCACGUCCCGGAGCCUCUGCUCUGCUAACGCAGUGCUCGAUUUCCGAGACUGUGAGCUUCUGCUCAGCCUCGGUGUGCUUCUUGAUCGACUCUUCUAGUUUCUGUUCCAUAUUGCCCGGCCUUGUUAGAACUCGGAAGAGAAGAAGCGCGUGCCGCCAGAGGUAGUGCGUAUUUACCUGCGGGAGUGAGAUGUGGAGCGCCAACUGCGCACUCAGAUUCGUCGCACUUUCCACCACUUCCUCGGCUAAGAGGAGAAAGGUCUCAGCACCCGGUACCUUUAGC